GUAUUUAUUUAGCUGAUGCCGACUUAGCGCAAUCUAACUUCGUUUCCGCAGUGCAGGGUAUUUGCUAUUUGCUAUUUGCCACUUGUUGUUGCUGCUGCUUUGUGCCAGCAUAAAGUGUUUGCGCUGCAGCUUUUGUUGCUAUUUGCUAUUUGCUAUUUGCAAUUUGCAAUUUGCGCGCAGUUUUGGUUGCGCGUUUGCUGCGAGCAGUUGCAGUGGCAGUUCCUGCUGCGCCCCCUCCCCCGUCGUUGUUUUGUUGUGCCUCUUUUCGGUCGCCUCCCCCGCCACCAGCCCCACCCCGCGCCCUGGAAUAACUGCAUGUGCGAUUCACCGUUCUAGCUGGCAGCGUGCGAGCGGGACGGAGGCAUGUGCUGGGUCACAAUGGCGCGCAAGGACGAUCCCGUUUUCAAUGUGCGGUUCGUGCAGUUCGUGGAGAACCAGCCGUGCCUGUGGAACUACACGCAUCCGGGCUACAGCAAGAAGGAGGAGGUGCAGAGGGCGUGGCAGCAGGUGGCCAACGAGAUCAAGGACACGGUUCGCAACUGCCGCGAGAGAUGGCGCACCAUAAGGAGCAGCUUCCUGCGAUCCCUGAAGCUGGCACGCACACAAACGGGCCGCGGCAAGCGCAAAUACUACCUGUCCAAGUACCUGCAGUUCCUCGUGCCCUACACCAAGUCCCGCUCCUGCCACAGGCAGCUGCCCGCGGCGCCGAGCAGCCCUUGCCCCUCGCCGGGCAUGGUGCUCCGAAAACCAGGCCAGGCUGCCAGUCGGCAGGCGGAUGAGGUGGAGGACAAGGAGGGCGACGGCGACAUGCCGCUGGACGUGCAGGUGUCCGAGGCGGAGGAACGGCGCAUGACGCAGCGGGAUCGGGAUCGGGAGCAGGAGCAGGAGCCACCCACCGCCUGCUUGCCGCUCCGCCUGCAGGCCAUCAAAGUGGAGCAGCCCUCGCCGAACGGAAACCCCCAGCCGGAGCGGAUGGUGGGCCACCAUCCAUCGCUGGUCUCGGUGCCCGCUGCCGCGCUGGGCAGCCACCUGGACUGGACGGAUCUGACGCAGUGGUUCAAGGGCAACGGCAGCGCUCACCAGCUGAUCACCACAACACCACCAUCACCACCACCGCCGCCGCCGCCGCCGGCUACACCAGCGCCAAGUGCAUUAGGAGGAGGCGGAGGAGGAGGCGCUCCCGCGCCACCGGAUGCCGACUACUCCUUCCUGAUCAGCCUGCAUCCGUACCUGAAGGAGAUGGGCGGCAAGCAGAACCGGAGGUUUCGACAGAAGGUCGUCGGACUCAUCGACGACAUUCUGGACAACAAAGAUGUCUAAGAACGAACGCAGAUUGCGAUAUGCAAACGAUUUCAUCGAAAUGAACAAAAUGCCUAUUUUGAUUUGAUUGUUUGGAAAUAUUUGACAUACCAAAUGCAACAUUAUUUCAAAAGCUACAUUUUCACCACUUUCAGAUUUUAUUCUGGCCAUUAUAUUGCUAACUUUUAGACAAUGAACAUAGUUUUAAAAUA